UAGCUAAUAUUUUUAUUUACUAUCUGAAAAUGUUUAUGAUUUUUUUACCUUUUUUAUAUACGCUAUUUUUUAGUUAAAUAGCUGACUUCAAGUCUCCCUUUGGGUUUGUUUAUAUCAGCUGUAUGUGGUCUUUGUGAUACGCUAGUUGGCUGUAUCUGCACGACAACCGUAUCAACUCGAGUUUCUAUUUUAUCUCCGUAUAUUAAUAUUUAUUUUGUUUUAGGUAUUAUAGAUAUAAUAUAUUCAAACUACACAAAACCGUAAGAUAAUUUUAACUAACUAUAUAACAUGAUGAAGGUUAAUUACUUUGAAAUCUCACGUAUACCCACUGUUGAUGCUAAAAAAGUAUUGGCAACGAUUGAAGAUGAUGAAUUACACCCAGGGAGAAAAAGAAGGAGGUUAGAUAAUCUCAAUGUUGAAGAGCGAAUACUGAGAAGAAAACUGAAGAACAGAGUUGCAGCACAAACUGCUCGAGACAGAAAGAAACAACAUAUGGAUGAACUAGAAAUAACGUUAUCGAGAAUGGAAAAAGAGAACAAAUUUUUAAAGAAAAGUAAUGAGCAGUUGCGAUCACAAGUACACAACUUAACUGAAUCUAAUUUAUUACUCCGUUCAAAACUUGGGCUCACUCCGCCAGCUUCACCUUCACAAGAACACACAUGUUUAACAGUAUCUAGUAAAAAUGAAAAUGAUUUGAUAAUUACACCUUCAGUUUCUGACCAUGACCAUAUUGUGAUCAAGAAAGAAGAAUUGUUGACUGAGUAUGCUUCACUUAGAGUAGUUUCCUUGCUAUGGAAUCUCACACUGACAAUUCUUGUUUCAUUAAUCACGAUUUGCGAGACGAGUCACAGACUGAAUUAUUGUUGGACGUUCUGGGAGACGAAGAACCAAUUCGAAUCCAAAAAACAGUGCCUGCAAAAGCAGUCGCAGUUGGAACUCCAUGUGAAACCACCCGAUAUUCCAUGGAAGCCCUUUCAGCAAGAUCAACUCCAGUUUGUAAUGGAAGUAUCAAGCAAGAAGAAUUUGAUGUUGAUGAAUUUUUAUCACAUGAAAAUAAUGAGGUUGUAUGCCCAUCAAGCCCAGAGUCUGCUCCAGCGUCACCUGAAUCUAGCACUGGAAGCAUGGAUCUUAAUGAUAUUGUCAAGAUGUGCACCAAAGCAGAGGGUAGCCUGGUGGGGGACACAGCCCUUGAUGGAUGUGGGAUAAAUGAACCAUUUAUUGAUGAUGAAUUUUUAUUGUCAUGUAAUCCUGGUACAGUUUCGUGUAACAUAGUGGACAAUGAUGAUCCUUUCUCUGAUUUAUUUCCAUCUUUACUUAGCGUUUAAAUUUAUAUGUUCUUUUUUUGUGACUUGUAUAAACUUGAAUUUUAUUCUUAUUUAAUUUAGGUGCAUAAAUGUUAAAUGCAUGCCAUAUCUUAGGCGAUUUAUUUCGUGUUUUUUUCUCUGGUUGUGUUCAGUGCAAUGUUUGUGUUCUGAAAUCUUAGAAGAAAACAUAUUUCUGUUUCUGUGUUGACUCAUGGAACAAAAAAUUCUAUCUUUAUUCUUAUAUAUACAUUUUAUGGAUUUUUGUUGUACAUAGCUAUAUUUUACCAAACAAUAGAUACAUGACAGUAAAAA